AGCGCUAGCAGACGAGAGCACGGCAGGACUCGGGUCAGUGUGGUGGUGUCUGCCGUAAGAGAAGGUGGUGGUUGAGUGUGCGGUGGUGUGAUGCGUGUACAUCUCUCUCUCUCUCUCUCCUUCUCUGUCUGCCUCCAGCCUCAGCAGUCCUCCCAGAGAUCUGACCGAGGAAACUCACGCACACACGCUUGCUGCUAAUCCUGCGUACGCACACUUGGACCUCGCCGCUACUGGGCACCCCCUUCGCACGUGCUCGCAACCGCAUAUACAGUCUAUUGAAUUCAGUUUGGCGGUGCUUGAAUGAAAACAAAAAGAUUGUGUUAAGUGAGGGCGGUGUUUUUUUAACGGUCGGCCUUGGAGGACUUAGGAAGUGAGUGACCUUACGCUGUGUCCUGCUGCUGCGGCUGUGUGUUGACCUUCCCGCUGCGGCUGCGCGUUGACCUUUUCGGAGUGAAUGGGACACAAGCAGAAGUGAUUCCUCACAGUACUCGACGAUCCGGAAGUACCCCGGGGAUUGGACUGAAGGGAGUUACUUACUCGGGCCGUCUCGAGCAAAUGUCUCUCGGAUUCGACCUCGCUACUUUCAAACAGCCGACGUUUGUGCCGAGUCCUUGCCGUUAUUAAGUUCGUUGUGCCGGCUACUUACACCUCCUCCCCUCCCCCUCCCUGCCCACUCCAUCUUUUGACUACGAAUUUGCUUAUUAUACAUCGUAAUCCAUCCUUAUACAUACCCCAUCUGAGUCCAUAUUAAAAUACGCAUAAUCAACGUGUAUUGAAAGGACCUCAGACACCAAACUGAUCUAGUCAGUCAGUCAUACAAAGUCAGAUGUUCAGAAAUUAGCAUCCGUAUUAUUAAGGAACUUUGUAUAUAAACUAGUUCAUAGUAAAAGACACAGGAAGAAAGAUUUCCAUAGUAUUUUUGGAGUUGGCAAAGAACCUUGAAAAAAAAGAUAAAUAAAAUAUAUAUAUAUAUAUAGUGCGACAGGUGUAAGAGGCCUAUUUGGCAUUCUUCUAGCCGUGUAACAUUCUUUAUUCUUAAUUAGAGAAACUAUUUAGUGCCAGUGGUGUCGAGUAUACAGUGCCAGUGAUUAAAAAAAAGUAUAUUCAGUGCCAGUGGUAGAGAGUUUCUACACCGACUGUUGCAAAAGAAAAGAGAUAAAACUGAACAAUUAGUCUAGUGCCAGGGACCUAGGUAGACACCCGGCACCAAGAUGAAGUUGUGGUUGGCCCUGACGGUAACGGUGGCCCUCCUGGCCCUCCUGGACACGGCAGAGGGCGGAAAAGGCAGGCGGAAGGCCAGGAGAAGACACGCCAAGAAGAUGGCGUCGCUGGCCAAAGGACCCGAAGUUCGACCUUGGGGCGGAUGGAGGCGGUGGUGGGAGCAGCCGAACGAAAUCCACGAGGCCGCAGAAGGGAGGAACAGAAGGCCGCACCAAGGGGCUCAUUAUCUCACCGUGGCUCCAGAAUCCGGCAGCAAAUCGCGUGCAGUACUGGACGCCGGGUCGGGUUCCGGCGCCACGCGUGUCAGCAGCGGCCUGCCGGGCGACCUGGCUGACCUGCAGGGUGGCCUGUACUCCCAGUGGACGAAGUGGUCGCGUUGUUCCCGGCGUUGCAGGCAGAGACGCCAGAGGUCGUGUCGGGUUCCUGCCGUGUGUGGCACCGCGCUCCUCAAGGAGGAGAGGAGCUGCCGCGGCGGGAGGUGCUCGGGGCGCCGUCCCUUCCACAUCAUCAAGCGCGAGGAGUUCACGCGACAGCCUCCGCGGAAUGACAUGAGGGUCCUCCUCAACUUCAACUCGAUGUUCUACACGAAGUGGUCGCGCUGGUCCGCCUGCAGCAGGUCGUGUCUGACCAGGAGAUACAGAUCCUGCAAGUACCCUCUGUUCUGUGGCGGAAGCGUGGUUAACGAAGAAGCCUAUUGUUAUGUGGAAGGUUCCCUGUGCGAGAAGUGGUAUCGCAGGAGCCGUUACCACCCUCGGAAACACCAGACGACCGGGAAUAACGACGAGGACGGUGAAAACACCCUAUCUACCUCGUCCUCAUCCCUCUCUUCUUCGACUUCUCGAUACUCCCCCUCGAGGUCCACCUCCUCCUCUCCCUACUCCUCGUCCUCCGCGUCCUCUGCACUGAGCAGGUGGACCGAGGAGAGGACGCUACCCCGCGAGUGCGGCGUGAGUAACGUGACCACGCCGGGGUGGAACUUGAGGAUCAUCGGAGGACGGGAGGCUCAGAGGGGCAAGUGGCCGUGGCAGGUCGUGAUCCUCAAUCGAUAUCAGGAGGCCUUCUGCGGGGGAACUCUGGUCGGGUCGCGGUGGGUUCUGACGGCGGCCCACUGCGUCCGGAGGAAACUCUUCGUGCGUCUCGGAGAACACGACCUGGCGCUGAGAGAGGGCGCUGAGGUGGAGUACAAGGUUUCAAGGACCGUCAUACACCCGAAGUACGACUCGACGACCGUGGACAACGACGUGGCCCUCCUGCAGCUGCCAGAACCCGUCUCCAUGAACUCUCGCAUAGCCCCGGCCUGCCUUCCGGAACAAGGGGCCAACUUACCCGUGGGAGACAAGUGCACGAUCAUCGGCUGGGGAAAGGAGAGGAACACCCAUUUCUUCGGAACGGAUGUCCUACACGAAGCUGAGGUAGUACCCAUCAUCGCCAGCAAAGCAUGUGAGACAGUAUAUGAGGACUACUACAUUACUUCCAACAUGUUCUGCGCAGGAUAUCUGAAGGGCAGAGUGGAUUCCUGCGCGGGAGACUCAGGGGGUCCUCUGCUGUGCCAGAGACAUGGUCGUUGGUACAUAUACGGAAUAACUUCCUUUGGCGAGGGAUGUGGAAAGAAAGGCAAAUUUGGCAUUUACGCUCGAGUUUCGAAUUACCGCCAUUGGAUACAGUCCGUCGUCGCCAGUCCCGACCUCUGAAGUGUACAUUAAAAGUUAGGGUUUUUAGUAAUUCAUUAUUCUGCUGAAAGCAUAUACCGUUUUUCUUCAGUGUAUGUGAGUAUAUGUGGUGGAUGUAUAUACGUAAACACACGAGAAGGCUUGCAUCAUAACUGGCCAAGGCGGAAGGGUAUGUACUGUACAAUAUAUGUAUUUGUAUAAUACGUCAUUGAUUAUACGCGGAAGAAAAGCAGAUACAGUUUAUACACGCCGAACUUAAAUCUUGCAACUAGAACAUUCGAAAAAUAUAUGCCAGUUGCAAAGAAACCCUUAGUACGUAUAGUUGUGCUUACAAAAAUGUUUUACAGUGAUAUCGGUGUCACUUUAUAGCCAUAGGGAUGCAAAAACUGUACUUUGAGGACUAUGUGAAAGAAAUAUUUUCUUAAAUAAUGUAUAUAAUGUAUGAAACAUUAAUACGCGGUCACAAGGUAGACCAUUGGUCAUUUAUGCUUGAUUAAAGAUAUAGAUAUAUUAUCAUUCCACAGACAACUCUGUUAUGUUGUCAGUUACAUGUAUAUAAUGCAGUAUAUAUCGUAUAUGAGAAAUGGUUUGUGCUUGUUAAGUUUGGUGUUUAUGUUGAGGUUGUUCUCGGAAUGGGAUAGGGUCAGUGGGUAGUGUCCAGCGUUAAACGUCUCCGGUAGUCAGUACCUUUGUCUAUGGAGAGUUUAGGCAACAGCACUGGAUUGGAUUGCCUGUCAUUCUCAGGGAGUAGAUUCAACUUCAUCCUUUAAUUUCUUAUCUUAUCUUUUGAGUAAUUUAACUUUUUUUUCUAUGCUAUUAAUCGUGCUUCAGUGUUUGAUCAAAGGAUGGUAAGCAUUUUUUUUUAUGAAUAUUGUUUAGAAAGUGGAAAAGAAAAAUGUAAUUCAUAUAUUUUUUUUUUUUUUUUACAUUAUGUGUGAUCUAAUGUUAACAAAAGACACUGUUCUGGCUUGCUUUGCAUGUUUUCAAAAAGACAGAUAAUUUUACCAUAUGUUUUCUUGAUCUGGUUUGGAUCACUGCUUGCUGCCACAGUAAACUUGUUAUGAAGAGUAGCUUAUAUAUAACACAUUGUAGAUAUAGCAUUAUUAUGCCCUUAAAACAGUUAUAUUUUUGCAUUAUUUUGUGUAUUUUGUAUUUAUGUUUGUCAAUAGAGGUUUUGUUCCUAAUGUACUCCCAACUCAAUAGCUUUCUUAUUCCUUAAACAUUGUAAUAAAUGACACAUUUCCCUAAAGUCAAUUUUUAAAAAGAAAUAAAAGUUUAUACUUAAAUACAACACUUGUUUCAGGUAACUUUAUGAAUAUGUUCAGUGCUCUAAGACUUACAAGGCAACUGACAGUCAUACCCUUUAUCAACUUUAUCAAUUAAAAUUAAAGGUGUAUAUGUUAUAUAUGACCUGUAUAACAGAACUACAGGAAUUUAAGUUACAAAGCUGCCUAGAACACGGUUGUUACGGACGAGACCUCUAACAGAACCAUUAAUAUAAUUCCACCUAAAAUUAUCUUCUGCAUUGUCACUGAUGGCAAAAAAGGCCCUACUUACACAUAAUAUGUUGUUGUUUUUUAACUACAAGUUAUGUAUACUUAAAUGUUCAUCUCUAAUAUUAUAAUUUUGAUUCCAUGAAUCAUUCUACAUUAUUUGUUUAUUUGUUACUGUUACUCCAUGCCUGUAUCUGGUAACAAAAGCAUAAUAAAUAUCCAACUGGAAUAAUCCCUAAUCCAAAAAAAACAAUCUGACAGAUAUCAGAAGGUAAAUGAAGACUUAACAAACAAAAUUAUCAAUUCUAUCCUUGUGUGCAAUUUGUACUCACACAGUUUAACCAAUGUGUAUGUCGUGUUAUGAGAAGAAAAGAAGCACGAGUGCAAAUUAAUAAAAAAGUUAUUUUAUUACAUGACUGGAGUGAUAAAUAUCAUUAAAGAUGCUGUCACUGGUUUAAGAUGCUGGUAGUUAUGGAAUAAAGGAAAAUAUAUAUAUGUCAAAGUUAGUCUUACUGGUGUAACUCCGUACAUAAAGAAAAAUUAAGUAAAAAAUAACAACCAAAUAAAUGCAUUUCUGCUUACAUUUAAAUAUGCAAAGAUAAUAUAAUACAUGCACACUGCAAGACAGUUACAAAGGUCUAUAAAUGAAGAAUCAAGUGAUUAAGAAAUGAUAAUAAUAAUAAAUAAAUGGGGUAUCCACAACAGUGUCUGACAGCUGACAGUUAUUCAGGAGUUCCAAAUAACCUUGACUUUGUUUUUGUUUGUUUUACACAGUGAAGGGCAUCCUUGGCUUGUGCCAGUUAUGUGGGGCAAAUGGUCGUAAAUAUGUAAAUAUCAAUAUUGUAACUGACUUUUGUACAAAUAAAGGGACAUGUAUGUAUUCUUUUCAAGGUAAUUGGCAUACAUAGGUGUUCACUGAAUUAUUGAUUGUAUUAACCGUUAAUUGACUGCUGGCAGUAUAACACAAGUGAUGGUAAUCAACUUGUGUUAUAAGGAUUAUUUGAACUUGCGACUUUAAUGGAUAAUUUGAUUUCCUUACUGUGAUUGAGAAAUUUGCUGAAAUAUGCAACAUAUCCUCUUAUUUUUUAAGACGUUUUGUUUCCCAAUCUCCAAAUAUUACGAGCUGAGGGUUGUUGGUGGCUAGGUAUAGAACAAAAUAAUGAUAUAUUGAGUGUUCGAUUUCCAAAUGUUUACUUUGCUUAUUAGAAUAUAUCCCAUGAAUGAAAUAUAUUUAUUUGGUAUCAAUAUUUGUACUUUUUCAUAAUAAAGUAAUUAUAACAUUU